UGCCAACGGGGGCAGAUAAACGGGCUGGCUCUGCGCUGCAAAAGGGGCUGCAGCAGGCGAGACACCACCAGUUGCACCCAGUCCCCCCGCACGAAGGCGUUCGCUCGCAGGGCACAGAUCACAAGCAGGCACAGGGCUGUAGGUGAUCCCCGAUGCUUCAGAGGAAAGCCAAAAACCACCCCCGUCCCCGAUUGCAAUUGUGCCUCCACGAGUUGGGUGCCUCCAGCGUUGUAAGGAUCUGCGUCCAAAUGCCUCCCGAGCCCUGUACAGUCCCUGCGUGCUCUACUCACCAUGCCCGUGGAGGAGUUUGUGGCUGGCUGGAUUUCAGGAGCUGUGGGGCUGGCCUUGGGGUACCCAGUGGACACAGUGAAGGUGCGGCUGCAGACGCAGUCUGGCUAUCGGGGGAUCCUGGAUUGCAUGAUCAAAACAUACCGCAAUGAAACGGUCCUAGGCUUCUUUAAGGGGAUGAGUUUCCCACUGCUGAGCGUGGCCCUGGUUAACUCAGUGCUGUUCGGGGCCUACAGCAAUACCCUGCUGUACCUGAGCGCUACCCACCACCACGACCGCCGCGCCAAGCCCCCCAGCUAUGUCCACGUCUUGACCGCUGGCAGCUUCUCUGGCCUGAUGCAGGCCGUGGUCCUGGCUCCUAUUGACCUGAUCAAAGUUCGGCUACAGAACCAGCUUCACUCCUAUGGGCUGAGGAGUCCAGCAGGGGCCUCUGGAACCCAGUACCGGGGCCCAGUGCACUGCGCUGCCAGCAUAUUCCGCAAGGAGGGGGUCAUGGGCCUGUUCCGGGGCACCUGGGCCCUGGUGCUGCGAGAUACACCCACUAUGGCCAUCUACUUCCUCACCUACACCAGCCUCUGCCAGGCCAUGACAGUGCAGGGGCAAGAACCAGGGCCGAUGACGGUUCUCGUAGCCGGGGGCUGUGCUGGCACCGCCUCAUGGAUCUUAGCCACGCCCAUGGACGUGAUCAAGGCCCGGCUCCAGAUGGACGGGGUGAAGGGAGUAUCCUACCACGGGGUCUUGGAUUGCAUCCGCAUCAGCGUUCGGAAUGAGGGACCCCAGGUCUUCCUAAAGGGCCUUGCCCUGAACUGUAUCCGUGCCUUCCCUGUCAACGCGGUGACCUUCUUGAGCUAUGAGACCAUCCUGAAACUCAUCUGCUGAGCCCCACCCUGCUCCCUGCAGCAUCAGGCCCCCUUCCCCCCCCUCCCCCCAUCACCGCACUGAGGGCCAGCUCUGAUGGCCAUUGGAGAGCACCUCCAACUGAGCCCCCUGCCCAGCUCCCUGCAACAGAGCGCCCCCUAGCGUUGUGCUGGGGCAUGGAGGUCAGCACCAACUGUGAGAGGAAGGCAGGAUCACCCCUCCUACAAUCUAUUCCCCAAGGUUAGGCUGCAUCCUAGAUUUAAAUGUCCUGAGUGAUGUUGGUUCUUCCCAUUUCCAUGCAUCUUAGCUCCUCGGGGAGAGGAACUGCCGGUCAGUGAUGAGGGGGAGGAGUAGUGACUUGGGAGCUGGGGAUGAAAGAGGGAAUAAGAAAACAGGAGUAGGGCAGGGGUGGGUAGGAGACAGGAAAUUGUGCUUUUUAGCAGCAUGACUGAGCCACGAGUUAGGCCUCAUGGGUUCUAUGCCAGAUCUAGGAUUAGAGCGGGUGGGAGUUAGGACUGCUGGGUUCUUUUCCCAGCUCUGGGAGGGGAGUGGGGCCUAGUGGUGCAUGUCAGGGGAGGAGGGGCCAUAUGCAGAGCAGUGUGGGGGAAGGACUUCUGGGAGUAGGAGGAUUUCUCCUUACCCAUCUAUAGCUUUUCCAUAGCAACUGAAAAUCUACUUAAUUCUCAUCAGUCAGCAAACUCUCUGCUGUUGGCCCAGUCCAGUUGGAUGGGCACAGAGACCCUGCCACUGCCACCCUGGAGCAGGCUGCAAUGUGCAGAGACCAGUGGAGGCGCGCUAAACCUAUUAGACAAUAUCCCCCGAGUCAGGAAUUGAACCCAGGAGUCCUGCCUCCCCUGCUCUAACACACCACACCCCUCUCCCCUGCCAGAGCUGACAGAGAACCCAGGAGACCUGACUCCUGGCUCUGGGAUUUUUAGCUGUAACCCACUAGACACCACUCUCCACCCAGCAGUUGGCAGAUCCCCAAUACAAGCUCUUUGCCACAACACCUGGGGUGCUGGGUCUUUGCCAUAGAUGUGAUGGAACAGCCCCGGUCAUUUACCUGCCAUGGGGGGAGGCAGGGGACGGAUCUGAGAGGCAGGCCCCGUGUCCUUGCCAGCUCUCUGUGGCGCCUCUGGCUGCUCCUAUCCUCCUGAGGGGAUGUCUCAGGAAACGCAAGCCGACAACGUGCUGACGGAUUCCUUUGCUGCUGCGGUGAAGGUGCCGGAGCGCAGGCUCCCUUGGGGGAAAUCAGCAUCCUCUGCUCCUCCCUGAAUGAUACAGUUCGCUGCACUGCUAUGGAGGGAAAGCCAGGCCAGGAUUGGACACUCCCUUCCUAACUCUGUUGGAAUUCAUGGCUGGAGCCAAAAAAGGCUGGGGACCAAGGUGCAGAGCGGGAAAGGGACAUGCCCCGAAGUUCACAGAGUGAGUCUGGAAUAGAGCCCAGGAGUUCUGGCUCCUGCUCCCCGUCUCUAUCCAUAAGAGCUCACUCUGCUCCUUGAGCCAGGGAUGGCACUCAGGAAUCCUGACUCCCAGCCCCCCCUGCUUUAACACACGAAACCCCACCACUGUGCUCAGCACCAGGAAUACAAUCCAGGGGUGCUGAAGCCCAGCACCCCCUGUUCUAACCCAUUCGACUUCACUGUGCUCCUAUAGCCAGGAAUAGAACUCACAAGUUCUGACUCUCAGUCCCUGCCUUCUACUCGAACGUUCAUCUCCCUCUGCCUCCACUUGCACACCUGUAAAAUGGGGAUAAUUAUUCCUUUGUCCACUUAGACUGGAAGAUCUUUGUGGCAGGGAUCAGCUGGGCAGUGCACGACCCACUGCGGUCCUGAUCUCGGUCAUGGUCUGUGCAGGGCCCAGCACGAAGGUCCCCAAGUUUGGUCCAGGUCUGUGCAGCACCUGGCAUGAUGCUUCCUCCCUACCCUGUCAGUCAAGGGGGGAGGGGGAAGUCUGUGUAGCACCCAGUUACAAUGCUUGAAAUUCAUUGUGAUCUUGUUUGAAAGCCUGCCUCACAGGUUCUGUCAAUCCUGCAGAGCUGCUCUUAGAAAUGAGGUCAGAACCGAAGCGGUGGCGAGCGAGAUUAAAGGCCUGGUAUAUUAAAGCAA